AUGUUGGGCCCCAUCUAUGGUUGCAAUCGCGGCUGCAAACCAUUCAUGUUGGGCCCCAUCUAUGGUUGCAAUCGCGGCUGCACACCAUUCAUGUUGGGCCCUAUCUAUGGUUGCAAUCGCGGCUGGACACCAGUCAUGUUGGGCCCCAUCUAUGGUUGCAAUCGCGGCUGCACACCAGUCAUGUUGGGCCCCAUCUAUGGUUGCAAUCGCGGCUGGACACCAUUCAUGUUGGGCCCCAUCUAUGGUUGCAAUCGCGGCUGCACACCAGUCAUGUUGGGCCCCAUCUAUGGUUGCAAUCGCGGCUGCACACCAUUCAUGUUGGGCCCCAUCUAUGGUUGCAAUCGCGGCUGCACACCAUUCAUGUUGGGCCCCAUCUAUGGUUGCAAUCGCGGCUGCACACCAGUCAUGUUGGGCCCCAUCUAUGGUUGCAAUCGCGGCUGGACACCAGUCAUGUUGGGCCCCAUCUAUGGUUACAAUCGCGGCUGCACACCAGCCAUCUUUGGCCUCAUCUAUGGUGGUGUAGUGGCUCAUUGGGCGAGCGAAACGCUACAUAAUACUGUUAUAGAAAGUAGUCAACCUCGAUAA